AUGGAAUACUCGCCACUACCACCCGAGAUCACCGUGCUGCUACUCGGAGACGCCGAAGUAGGCAAAUCGACCUUUUUAUCCCGCCUCUCCCUCGGUAUCCAACCCCCCAAUAGCACAACCCUGCCCCCCUACACUCUCCCCACCCUCCGGUCCCAAGACCAACCCUACGCCUUUGACAUAACCCUCUACGCGCGCCCCUACCGCCUCCAAUUCUACGACACCUCCUCACCUACACACUACACUCUACUACACCCCCACUUCGUAAUCCUCUGCUACGACAUCUCACGUCGCACCACCCUCUCCUCACUCUACACGACCUGGCUGCCCAUUGUAAACCAGCACUUUGCGUACGACGAGAACCUGCCUGUCAUGGUGCUGGGACUAAAGCGCGAUUUACGCAAGCAGUGGACGGCAGCGGAGCAUGGGGUCGAUGGCAAGGGGAAGGGGGAGAGCGUUAUGCCGCAUGAGGGGUUGCAAACGGCGCAGACGAUGCUGUGUGAUCAUUAUGCUGAGUGUAGUGCUAUGACGGGGGAAUUGUGUAGGGAGGUUUUGGAGGAUGUGGCCAAGACUUGUGCGAAGACGACGACGGAGGCGGGGGGGAGGAGUAAGGGCAUGGAUAUGUGUGGGAUUAUGUAG